AUGUCUACUAACCCAACACGACCCCAGGCCACCUCCUUCGAAGAGACCGAGCAGAGCGUCCCAGUAGAGGCCCCAGUCAAUGCCCCUCCAGUGGAAGGUAACACUAUGGCCGCCCAGCUUGGAUCCCCUGAGCGGCCAGUCCCAGCUGUGGUAGUGGCUCAAGGGAUACCCUUACCAGGCCAAGAGGAGGCCCUCCCUCAACAGCAAGAGGCUGUAGUAGUGGAGGACACCACCAUCCCUAUACCCAAACACUAUCGUAUCAAACAUACGGAGUUCCUCGGCUCUGAACGCUCAUUUCUCCUACAAAGUGAGAAUGGUCCUUGCCCCCUCCUAGCCGUGGCUAAUGUACUACUCCUUCGUAAUGAGCUACAACUACACAAGGACAUGAGCUCAAUCAGCUUUGAUGAUCUCGUCAGUAGAAUCGCCAAUGUAAUGUUCGAUAGUAAUCAGGAUGGAGGAGAUGUGGCUAAGGGUCUGGAAGAUGCGGUAACACUUUUGCCCAAUCUGAACGAAGGUCUAGAUGUGAAUGUGAAAUUCGGCUCUUGUGAUGGUUUCGAGUUCACCCCCGAGCUGAGCGUCUUCGAUCUCCUCGAUAUCACUCUGGUCCAUGGUUGGGUUGUCAGCAAAGACGACUUGUCAGCUUAUCCCAUCCUUGGGCCCCUCAGCUACAACCAGGCAAUAGAGAAAGUGGUGGCCUUCAACGAGUUGCAGUCACGGGCAUUACAAGGAGAGGAGGAAGAGGCCCCAGUUGAUCCCGGCACCUACGAGGAUGGUCUUGCUGUUAGUCAGUGGCUCGAAGAGAACAAGUCUCAGAUGACCUAUGAUGGUCUAAGUCAAAUCAUGGAUCGCCUGAAGGACAACGAGUUGGCGGUAGUGUUCAGGAACAACCAUUUUGUGACGGUCUUCAAGCCUAGUCCUGGUGAAAAUGGAGAAACGCACUUGUACGCUUUAGCGACUGAUAUCGGCUUUGGGAGUAGCUCGAUAGUGUGGGAGCGUAUCGAUACUUUGGAUGGUGACACGCUGUACUACGAUGCGGACUUCCACAGAGCGAGCGGACAGUCCCCAGCAUCUAGACAAGCCUUGGACAAAGCAGAUGAUGACCCGGACUAUCUCCUGGCGUUGAGUUUGCAGAUGGAUGAUGACGAGAGGGCGCGGAGGCAACCACAGGCUCGAGUGGUGACUGAGGGAAAUCAACAACAACAGCACGAGGGAAGGCGUCGGAAGAGGAAGUUCUGCGUUAUAAUGUGA